AUGAAUUUGACUAGACAGACAUUACUUGCACCGUCCAAAUUCCAUCCACCCACCAUUAAAGAACGCCAAUUACGUCACCAAACAAACCAAACAUACGGUACCACAUGACGACCCUCUGUGAAAUAAACAAACAAACGGUCCGUUUAGGUGAACUCAGUUUUGCAUUAGGUGAACCACUCCAUUGAACAAUCGAAUUCAGCUCAACCUACAGCAAACAACCAUUAAUACAUACAUAUAUAUAUACAUAUAUUUGAUCUCCGUUGCUCAACUCAAAACACACAUAUAUAAUUAUAACCAUGGCUAGCAGCACUGACAAAUCAAGAGAAGAUGAACGUGCUGGCGCAGAGAUUGUGUAUGGAGCCGAACAGUGUUACCGUCAUUCUGUAGAGCUCCUGGAAGAACUGGGCUUUCCGAAAGGUGUACUCCCAUUGAAAGACCUUGAAGAGUGUGGACGAGUUCGGGAAACUGGGUUUGUGUGGAUGAAACAAAAGGCUCCAUAUGAGCAUUUUUUCACUGGAAGUAAUUCGCGUGUCAGCUAUGCUGUAGAAGUGACUGCAUAUAUAGAGAAGUCUAGGAUGAAAAAAAUGACUGGCGUUAAAAGCAAACAGGUUUUUCUGUGGGUGCCGAUAACUGAGAUGAGCAUUGAAGAUCCAUCAAGUGGAAAGAUUUAUUUCAAGACUCCCAUGGGGAUUGGAAAAUCUUUUCCUCUCACAGCUUUCAUGACCGAUGAGGAGAAGCACAAGUAUUUGGAGAAUAAAGCCGAUGAAUGAAACUCUUUUAAUAGUCCUAUUUCUAAUUUGUGUUCCUUGAUCAAUUAAAGUCUGAUGUAUUAGGUGUUGCAGAGAUUAAUGCGCUCUUCAUUGUUAUAA